AACUAUUUUUGUCACAUGAGGGUAAAGUUUAUCAACAAAACUCAACUUGUCACCUUUUCCUGCAUUUAAAGCGUUUGUGGUAGUUUGAUUUUCCUCAAAGUUGUUAAUUGCCAAAUAGACUUAACAAUAAUUUGACAAAGAUGCGCAGAAAUGAGAAAUUAUCCAGGCUUUUUAUAAAUUAAUAUGCAUAAUGUAUGACCAUGAUGACAGGGGCUAAACCAGGACAUGUAAUGAUGUACACGUGAAAGACUUUCAUAAUAUGGAUAAAUUGAAUCCGAAAGAAUUUGCCAUUGUUAACGAUUUAGCUGACCUUCUGCGGAAGAAUGGUUGCUUUACAGGAGAACAAAUUCUGAAUGGGAGCACUCAAUUUUGUUUGACAACACAAUCACUGAGUCAACUGAAUAAUGCAUUUAGAAGAUACAGUGAAACCAAGUAUGACUUUGAGGCAAAAAAAGAAGUUGAGAGGUCAAGGAGAGGGCCAGGUAGAGGCAGAGAAAGGAUGAACCAUGAACAGGAUCAGUUCUAUAGAUGGAGGACCAAUGCUCAAUUUCUAAAUGAUUUUAUCACAAAAACUGUAUCUUUAAAAAUAACUCAUGGAACAGCAACAAUGCAAGGUCCUAUUUUGAUCUCAAGAUUUAAAAGUCUUCAGGUUCUGGAGCUAAAAAAGAUUCCAACUCACAUGUUGGAGGGAUUGCACAAGUUAAGAGGACAACUCCAUGUUGUAACCGUAACCAGGUGUUUGCAUACACUACAGGAAUUUCUGGAGACUUGUGGAGGGGACCAGAGUAAUCCUAUGUCAUGGCCACUUCUAACUGCUGCUUAUUUUAGCUACAACUGGAUAUCCAAACUGGAUGCAUCUUUAAGACUUUUGCCAAGUUUACACCUUUUAGAUCUUAGUCACAACAACAUUGAUAAAGUAGAGAAUUACCUUGAGUACCUGACAGAGUUGAGGAGAAUUAAUCUUGGAUACAACAUGUUGGAUUCUGUGCCAACAUUCUCCAUUACAGUUCAAAAUAAACUACAAACCCUGGUCAUCAGGAACAAUAACCUAGACAAUCUUUCUGGAGUUGAGAUGCUGGUAAAUCUGGAGGAAUUAGAUGCCUCAGAGAACUGUCUGGUGGACCACUCCUGUCUGGGGGUCUUCAACAAACUUCACUCCCUCCAUGUGAUAAGUCUGCAAGGCAACCCUUUAAGUUAUCAUCAACAACAUAGAAUCCGAUCCCUUCAUCAGAUGUCAUCUAAAGCUAUCACUUCAAAAGAGGUUGUUCUGGAUGGCAAACCUGUUAAACCAGCAGAAAUCCUGCACCUUCAGAGCACAGGAAAAUUGUCCACAGGCAAACAGCCAGCAGAAAGAAGCUCCAGACAGUCAACAAAUAACCCAAGUCUGGCUCAGUCCUACAAUUUUGACGACACGGACGACAUUGCAGAAGCAGUGAAGGUGGGGUCCCCAGGCAGGAGGAAAAGCCGGAGGAAGAAAUCCCGGGUAAGGUCACAAAGGACAGACACAGAAGGAAGUGAGGUCACUGAAACCACCGACCAGUCCUCUCCAGAGAGUUCAAGAGCUCCUUCACCAACAAGAAUUGUAGAGGGACAGGCAUCAACACGAGAAGAAAUAGAAGUCUUGAGAGACCACUAUGGUGUAAACUGGCUACAGGUGAUAUCUGCGAAGGAUUAUGAUGGUAGUAUACAGAUUAUUGAGAAUGGAGAACAGAAAUCAACUUUACUAAGUUCUGUACUUGAUAAUGAAAAACAAUCCAAUCACACUCAAGAUAACACAAAUUCAAAACCAGCCGUUCACACGGAAGAUGACUUCUAUUUGAAUGGGAGUACAGUGGAUGUUCAUCAUGGAGAGAAUGAUAUGGAAGAUGACAUUGAAGUUUUACAUGUAUCCAAUGGGUCUGAAACCAUCAUGAAGACCUCUUCCUCAGAUUUCUCCACCCUGUCUGGUGAACACCCAGGCUAUAACAGAAUGAACAGCUCAAAGGGAGCCGAGUGGGAUAGGGAUGAAGAAGAGAAAUUAGCUCUCUAUGGAGAAGAAUGUGAGCCCUUUAUUGUAAUGCUGCCUGAUGCUGAUCUCAAAGUUUUACUUGUAACCCUCAACCAGCGCUACUUGAUUGAAAAAGACAUUGACGGGAAGAUCAUAGAAAUGCUGGAUCUCAGAUGCCUGUUAUCAUUCAAGAUUGAAGAGGAGGCAGUGACUCAUGCAAACUUAGUUGAUGAAAAAGUCCUUGUGUUCAGGGCUAAGUUUGACUACAUGAAGAAAGACAGGAGGGAAAGAGUCUUCAUAAUGGAGAACACUGUAGCAUCAAAAGAAUUUGAGGAACUAUUAAGACCAAUAGUUGAAGCUAAAGAGGCAGAGGAAAGAAAGAAAAAUCUUCUACAGUGUUUGAAAUGUUCAAAAGUAGUCUCCAAACAGGAGGUGGACAUCUCUGAGCAUGUAUUUGACAAAAAAGACAAAACUGCAGAACCAGAGGUGAGGUACCAGUGCCCUCAUUGCGGGAGUCAGAUGAUGAUGGAGGUGGCCCAGGAGGAGGAGGAGGGGGUCCCUGUUUCCAUGGGGGCUCAACCCACCAACAAUGGAGAGGACAUGAAACAGGAGGGGUAAAAAACUGAUUAUUUUUCUGUAACAGGUAGUUUGACCAGGCCUAGGACCUAUGCAUUCAAUGACGUCAUGUCUCAUUCUGACAUCGGAAAAAUACUGACAACACCAGAAAUAACCAGAUCCAAUUCUACCGGAGAAGCUCUCAGUGAAAAACAAAGGGAAGAGGAGAGUGCCAAACUUAUUGAUUCAUGGUCAGACGUUAAGUCUACCGAGCAGAGUCAUCGAAAAACUCGAACCUCUGUAGACAGUGAUAUCUCAUUGAUAACCAAUCCCAGUGAUGCUAGCAUAUCUGUGAUAUCGGAAUCCAGUGUUGAAACGAUAUCUGAAUCACAACAAAAUGGCGACAAUACUUGUUUUGUGACAUCAACUCCACAAAAGGAAGAUAAAGGUGAAAAUGGCAAUGUAGCUGUUCCUAGGAGUUUGAAUUUGAAUGGAGUAAUUGAGGAAGAAGACUUGACCCCUGUAGGGUCACCAUUGUCCAAUAGUAUUUGUUCUAGCAUGGUAUCUAGUAUGUAUGAGAAUUCCUUGUCCAUAAAUAAUGACUCUCCACAAAAGGACACGAGUCAGACUGUGAUGAAUGAGUGUUCAGAUAGAGAGAACAAUAAUGGAGACACAAGCAUUUAUUCCCAGUUUAAAACGGGGGAGGAAUCCAUAGACAAUAGUUCCAGUUAUGAAACUUGUGAACAAAAUAGUACCCAAGACAGCAUUACCCAGAGGGUGGGGAUAGUGGUGAAUGGAGUUGACAUGACAGACAGUUCUGCAGUGAUGAAUGAAUCUGGUUAUGAUUGGUUGAAAAGCCUGGACAAUUUACACCAUGUUGACUUGAGUGUUGUUGAUCACAAAUUACAACUGUACUUGGAUAUGAAUGUUUUUGAGGAAUCUGAGAGUAUUCAGUUUUGUAUACAAUGUUCCACUGUCCAGUACAUGAGGUCUUCGGAGUUCCAAUCCUAUCUCAUCUUCUCUACCAGCAGGGUCCUGAUCAUAGAAAUCACUGAUCCAGGCCAAGGGGAGAAUACUGAUGGAUUAUCCUGCAUUGAGAAUCAGCCAAUCACUGAGCUGUGUUACAUUGAUAUAGGACUAGGUUAUCAGAGUGUCCGACUGGAGUUUGAUACAAUGUGUUCCAGCUACAGCUUCCUGAUCAGAGAUGAAGAGAGAUGUAAAUCAUUCAUCAGUUUAGUAACAGAAAUUAUCCAGGACACAGCUUUCAGUGAGGAGAGUAAGUUGGAGGGGAUCAGUAAGUUUAAUGCGGACACGCUGGGUAAUCUACAGGACACAGUCUGGUGGAAGUUCAAACACAACCUCAACGACGAUGACAACAAGUUCGACCUAGUUAGGUACCUGUCUGCAAUAUUUAUUACAGAAAAUACCGAUGACACUCGAUCUGUGGGUCUGGCUGUGACAGAAACGUACAUCUCUCUAGUCGUAGAGAACCACCAGUGGCCAUUACCAAGGUUACAGUCAGCUUUACCUGAACACAUCAAAGGACAACAGUUUGUUCUCCUGGACAGGCAGAAAAUUAAUAACAUUGCUUCUGUGGAGGUAUGUCAGUUAACGGGUGCUAAAGUCAAGAUAAAUUUCUUUAAUGAAGAAUCUCAAGAAGAGGCUCAGUGGUUCAUUGCCAUGGAAACCAGCAUGAGUACAAGGUCAAUGUUGGACUCAAUUCGUGAACCUUGGGAAGCUGCUUUCGGAGUUGAAAUGGAAAUUAUUCCAACAGAAUUCGAGGAAGAGUCCUAAGCCAAAAAUAUAGCCAUUUUAUUUUGUUCUAGUCAACUCUGUCUAUACCACCAAGUUUUUAAAUGGAAGACUUUAAUAUUUCAGUCCGAAAGAUUGUCUUUCUUUGUGGAAGAAGGUAGUUCAAGGUAAAAACCUGAAUUCUAAGAGAAAAUUUUUUUUAUUUAUUUUGGAAAUGGUUUGUCAAUGGAGUAAUGUCUCAAGUCUCCAACUUUACAUUAUUCAGAAAAAAUAUUAGAGUUCCUUUACCAAGUACAGUGUACAUGUAUCCAGAUAAUUCAGUAUUAUCCAUUGUAAUCAAGCAUAUUUCUACUUUUAAAAUAUAAUCCAGGGUUUUACUUGCUGUAGCUUCUUGUGUCUUGUCAGUCAUGUGUUUUAUCAAACUCACUGUUAUUAAGCAUAUACCAGUGAAGCAAUAAAACCUCUUGCUUUUAAGAUUGUUAACAAGUCUUAUCUUUGUACUAUAAGUGCAUAUUUAUGUUUCUACAACAUUCCAACUUUUAUUUUAUAAUAGAAAAAUUUGUUUUAAAUUCUGUUUACUCUUUUUUUUUAAGCUGUUCAACUGAAAGCUGACAAUCCACUUUUUACCUCAAUUUUUUUUUCAGUUAGUUACAUGUAUACUUUUAAAAAUGCAUUUACCUGGUAAUUUAUACCCUCAGGAUAUCUAAAUGUUGGCUUUUAAAUGCUUGAAAUUUAAAAUUUAUUAGAACUUGAUGUAAUCUUUAUCUUAAACUGUUACUGCUUCUAUAAAUAGGCACUGCUGAUCAUGUACUCUGAUGUACUGUACAUGUAGCUUUGUCAUAAAAAAGGAAACAACUUUUACAUGUACCCCCCCCCCUCCUUCUCUCUUUACAGACAACUGCAGAAACAUAUUUCAAAAAUGAGGACUUUAAUAUUUAAUUAAAUAUAUUUUAAUGAGGGUUUUAGUUUUCGAUUGCCCUUGGUGUAUUAUAAUAAUUUUUUAGGGUAUUUGAAAUAUAUUUUACUUUGUGAUAUUUUAUGCAAUUGUAUCCAGAUUUUUUUAAACAAAUACAGAGAAUGUAACUAUUGUAACUUUUAAGGAAUUCAAGUUCAAACAAAUUUAUUAAAAAGAAAAAAAAUUCUUAAAGUAUAAUCAACAUUUAAUUUCAGUGACCAUACAGAUAUUACAAUUGUGCAUUUAAUAGGAAGUGUCAUAACUACCAAGUUUUAGUAAUGCCAUGACAAGAUGGACAUAUAGUACUUAGUUAUACAUGUAGUAAAUACUCAGUUUAGUUAAUUAACAUUUUUACCUUGCCUUUAACUUAGUUCAAAGCACAAGCCUGUGAUAUAAAGUGCUAUCAAUGCCUUCCUUGAUUUUAAUUUUGCUUCAGUGUUUUAAUGCAAAAAUACCAGUUCCAUUUCUUCCUGCCUUAUCUUCAGUUCUGGCAAAGUCAUAAAUAUUUGUUUGCUUGUGGUCCGAUGUAUGGCAUGAAUGUAGUGUGACAAAUAUAGUUAUUUAUAUACUAGUGACAACUGUGUACAUGUAAAUUAAUGCAAGUUUUAAUAAAUAUUGAAGAAGUG